CGACUCAGGUUACUCGUUUGUGUAUAUCUGCAGCGGUGAGGUGCGGGCCAUUACAACCUAAUUUCAGUGCAUUUGCCUCUAUAUUACUAGCCUCUCUCGGCUCCUACGGGAAGACCAAGACCCGACACACACUGACAAGCACCAGAGAAGCGGUGUGAAGUGCGAGGAGUAAAGUAGAGGAGUGUAUUACUGGCGAGGAAGGCGGAGGGGUGGAAGAGAUGUCGUCUGCUGGUAUAAGGCGACUCGUGUACUCUGGGUGCUGGCGGGGCCAGUUGGGCACCUCACUCGCUGGUAGUCGCUCGCGGACACUCUCCCUCGCCGCCGCCACCAUGGAUCAACGUGUAAUUUCCCUCGACAACAUGAACCCUCAUGUGAAAAAGAUGGAAUACGCAGUGCGCGGACCCUUGGUCAUUCGCGCAACUGCACUAGAGAAGGAACUGCAAGCGGGAGUGAGUAAGCCGUUUAAGACGGUGACGAAGGCGAACAUCGGCGACGCCCACGCCAUGGGUCAGAAACCCAUCACCUUCCUCAGACAGGUGGUAUCUUUGUGCUUAAUGCCAUCUCUCAUGGAUGACCCCAGCAUUCCCUCCGAUGCUAAGGCGCGUGCUCGUGGGAUACUGGAUGGUUGUAAGGGCAGCUCUCUCGGCUCCUACAGUGACUCUGCUGGAAUAGAGAUCAUCCGGCACCACGUUGCACAAUAUAUUGCAAAACGAGAUGGGUUUCCCUCAAAUUGGGAAGAUAUUAUCCUUUGUGCUGGUGCCUCUGAAGGAAUCAGGGGAAUAAUGAAGAUGAUGAUCAAGCAUGACAAUAGCAUUAAGCCAGGAGUAAUGAUCCCCAUCCCCCAGUACCCACUCUACUCUGCAACCAUUGCUGAAUUUGAUCUCCACCAGAUUGGUUAUUACCUUAACGAGUCCACUAACUGGGGGCUUGAUAUUUCCGAGCUGGAGCGUGCAUAUGAGGAAGCGAAGGAAGUGAGCAGUCCAAAGAUUUUGGUCGUUAUUAAUCCCGGCAACCCAACAGGAAAUGUACUCAGUGAAAAGAAUAUUCAAGGCAUUGUUAAAUUUGCCCAUGAGAAGAACCUCUUCCUUUUUGCCGAUGAGGUGUACCAAGACAAUGUAUAUGCAGAGGGUUGUAAAUUUCAUUCCUUCAAGAAGGUUAUAAUGGAAAUGGGUGCUCCAUAUGACACAAUGGAACUCGCUUCUUUCAUGUCCUGCUCAAAAGGAUACAUGGGUGAGUGUGGUUUGAGGGGAGGCUAUGCUGAGCUCAUAAAUGUAGACCCACAAGUUAAGGCAAUGUACCUCAAAAGCAUCUCUGCCAAGCUAUGCCCAACAACCCUUGGCCAGGCUGUAAUGGAGUGUGUUGUGAAUCCACCCCAGGAGGGAGAGCCUUCAUAUGACCAAUUCAUGGAAGAGAAAAAUGAGGUUCUCUCGUCUCUUGCUCUUCGGGCGAAGAUGAUUGUAGAAACCUUUAAUUCUGUUCCAGGAAUGUCGUGCAAUAUUGUUCAAGGAGCCAUGUAUGCAUUCCCACAGAUCAUGUUGCCAGAGAGAGCUAUAGAAGCUGCAAAAGCUGCAGGUCAAGCACCAGAUGUGUUCUAUGCAUUCCAGUUGCUUGAAAACACUGGCAUAUGUAUUAUUCCAGGCAGUGGGUUUGGACAGCGCCCAGGAACAUACCAUUUCAGGACCACUAUUCUACCCCAGCCCGAGAUGCUCAAAACUAUGCUUGAAAAGUUCCGAGAGUUCCACAAAAAUUUUAUCAAGCUUUAUGAAUAAGCAGCUGCAUCUUGAGACCUCUUAUGUGCAUAUCCAAAAGUGCCCUCGAAACACUUGACUACAGCUACAAGGUUUGGUAGAAGGUACCAGUAGUCCGUUUAACCUACACACUUAUUUUAUAAGUUUGGAAUUCUUUAGGGGGAAAAAAAACUUGUUUCCACUUUGUUAAUUGUUAUUGUCUAUAAUGAUGCUUCUUCACUUAGAGCAGUUUAAACCUGUAACUGCCAAGUCACAUGCUUAAGGCACACUAAAAGUACCCAUAUGAUAAAAUACUGCAUGUAGUGUCUGAUUAGAACUAAAGACCUAUAUAGAUUUUAACUAUUUAUAAUAGUGAUAAAUUAAUUUUAAAUUCCAUAUACUGUACAGUAUUUCUUUAAAUUUAAAUAUAAAAGCUUCAUUUAUGGAAUGCAGCUCACAAGUGAUAACCUGAUGCAAAUAUGAAUACUUUUAGGAUCUACAAAUGUUCAAGGCACUUGUUGCAACUGCACUCUUUACUAUUCUAUAUUUUAUGCUAUUAAAUGCGAAUAUCUAGCCUUGCUAGAAUUGACAACUGUUGCCUUAAACUAAAACUAAAUCAUACUGGUAUAUCGACUCAUUCUCCUGUUUAGUCCGUAUUGUGACGGUCGUCAAUAGUCACGAAUUUGUACGUACUUAGCUUUUAGACACAGUAGUAGUAGUAGUAGUAUACUGACUUCUAAUGAAUUCUUUUAAAAUAAAUGCAUCUAAAAACAAGCUUAAAUAUUCCUAGACCUAGUAUAGCGCACGUGUAAUAUAUUAGGCCUCGGAUAUCAUAUAUUAGGCCUAGGAAGGUUAAUUUUGUUUGUCAAAGCAACACAAGUAAAAAAAAAUAGGUUCCCAGUUUGUCAAACAAAAUAGUUCAGAUUAAUACUGAUUAAUUUUGUUGUACCUUGGUAUAUAUACUAUGGUCCUCAUUGUUACUAUAAGUACUACCAAAACAGGAGGUUGGGUUGCAAUAUACACUGUUAUUGGAAAAAGUUGGAAAUGUUCAUUAAUGCAUGAAAAGGUACAUGGAAACUACUAAGGGCCACUCAAUUUUUGCUCAUUCUUUUCCAGCAUUAUUCAAGCUUUCGGUAGUGGGAAGGAUUGCAACAUUAUAUACCUUGACUUUGGGAGGUUAUCUUAAGUUGGUUUAGGACAUUAUUUCAAUGGAAACAAUAAAUCAAAUAAAUGGUUGUUUUAAUAUAUAUAUAAAUUUGGACACACGUGAUUGAACAGUAUUAUUUGCAGACUAUUCAAAAUUAGGGUGUGAAAUAAAUUCAGGAGACUGAAAAUUGCUAAAAGACAAUUUAGAUACACAGGGUACUUGUAAAAUGGAAGAAAGAUGGUUUAAUGCUAACAAAUAUAGAGUUUAGAGCCAAGGUAAUAAUAAGUUACGAUACAUCAGCUAGACAAUUGGUUUAAAGUGAAGGUUAGACACAUGUGAGCGAGUUUGGGGGGUAUAAAUAGAAGCUGUCUCCUAUGGACCAAUAGGUCUUCCACAGUUUAUUCUUGUGUUUUUAAACAACUUUAGGAUUCGUAAAUGCUCAAAUAUGAAGGACUUUAGAGUUGCUACAGCUGCUUUGUUUUGGUAUACAGCCACUUUACACAGACCUCUGUUCUGUGAAAUCAAUGUAGCUGCCUAUGAGUUUGAACAUUGUACAUAAAUUUUUAUAGAGGUUUUAUAUUUGGUGGCUGAAAUUAAUUUUAAAUUGCCACUUUGAUACAUUUUUUCUAGCCCCUGAUAUGGCCCUAUGUAGUAAUGACUGAAACCAGGUGACAUCACUAUAACUGACAUCUUUUCCUUAUCUCCAUUAAUGUUUUGUUCUAAAUAGAAUGUUUUAUUUUAAAUAAUAGUUGCUCAAACUUUUGUAACAAAAAACAAAUAUAUAUAGCACUAUUUGUCAUUACUGUAUUUGUAUAAAGAUUUGAUAUGUAUUUAAGAAUUCUGUGCUUUGCAGGUUAACCGAAGCUAAUACGGUACUGUCAUUCCUUGAAAGUGUGCCCUUGUCCAGGCAAAUAUGGCAUAGACAAGAAGGCUUAUUUAGUAAUGUUCUAUAUAAAUUAAAAUGUUUUAAAGUAGCUUCACGAGUUAUAAGUUUAUGGGUGUUGAAUUAGCGAUUCAUGAUUGGGAACGAUUAAAUUCUGGAGUAUUUCUUUCAUUACAUUUAUAAUUCCGACUGCUGUAUCUUGCUAUAUUUUCAUGUACCUGUCACAUUUUUAUAUAUAUGGAAUACCUGUACAGUACACUGAACUGUGAUAAACCUGACUCACUGCACAACAGGCUUGAUGAGCAGGGGGACUAUGUACAGUAAUUAUAAAUAUUCACCACAUGCAAAUAAAAAAAAAAGAUAUAAAAA